AUGCUUGAAAUAGUCCAAGGAGCCUCCCCUCGCCUUGUCCUGCAGCCUACACCCACGGCUGACCCGAAUGAUCCGUUGAAUUGGUCUAGGAUCCGCAAGACCGUCAACUUCACCCUGGCAUGCUUCUAUGCCCUGAUGACAUUUGUCCUCCUUGACAUUGGUCCGGUUGUCUGGGUCAACCUGAACGAGGAGCUCGGGAUCUCUUAUAAGGAUCUCAACAACUCGUGGGCGAUUGACUGCGCUGGUCUCGCCCUCGGCUGCAUCUUCUUGUAUCCGCUGGCUGUCAAGUUUGGGCGUCGACCCGUCUACAUUCUCAGCUUGAUCGUGCAGCUGGCUGGAGCGAUCUGGUUUGCCCACAUGAAGUCCAACUGGGAGAAUAUGGUCAUCAACUUUAUCAUCGGAUUGGCCGGUGCCAUCAGCGAGACGAUCGUACAGAUGACCAUUGCCGAUCUUUUCUUCACACACCAGCGCGCAUCUGCCAAUGCCAUGUACUUCUUUGUGGUCACCAUCGGGACUUUCCUCGCGCCCGUUGCGGCCGGCUACAGUGCUGCCUCGCAAGGCUGGCGGUGGAUCUGGUGGUGGUGCGUGAUCCUGCUUGCCGUCAAUCUGGCCGCCGUCGUCUUCUUCUUUGAGGAGACCAAGUAUAUCCCCGUGCUGCCUGGAUCUCCAGCCAGCUCUCCCAGCAGUGAUAUCGGCGUGUCUGCCGCCGAGGAAGGCAAGAAGACGCUAGUGAGCGAUGAGUGCACCAUUGAUCUGCAUCGCCACAACAGCAUCAUUGCCGACAUCCCUAAGAAGAGCUACAUCCAGCGCCUCGCACUCACCACCAAGUCCAAAGGCCCCGUGUUCCGUUACAGCUAUCAGCCCUUCAUUGUGCUCACCACGUUUCCCGCUGCCGCAUUCACCGCACUUAUGUACGGCGCCAACCUGGCAUGGUACUCGGUAUGCGGCACCACUGCGGCCACUUACCUUCUCUAUGACCCCUACGACUUUGGCUCUAUCGGCGUCGGUCUCUUUUCCCUGGCUCCGUUCAGCGGUUCUCUGCUGGCAGCCCUCUACAGUGGCCCGCUCGCCGACUUCUACAUCGUCUGGGCCUCCAAGCGUAACGGUGGUGUGUUUGAGCCCGAGAUGCGUCUGCACCUAGCUUUGCUGGCUGUGCUAUUGACCCCACUCGGUCUGCUCCUCUACGGUCUGCCGCUUGCUAAUGGCUUACCGUGGAUUGUUCCUGCUGUCGGCUAUGGUGUCUAUGGUUUCGCUUUCAGCUUGAUCUGCGACCUGAGCCUCACCUACCUCCUCGACUGCUACCAAGAUGUCGUCGGCGAUGCUCUGGUCGGUGUCGCGUUUGUGCGCAACGCGGCUGCCACCGUCGUUGUCUUUGCCCAAACACCUUGGAUCGCCGCCCAAGGCUUACACAACUUCUUUGUCACCCUUACCUGCUUGGCCAUUGCCCUGGUUCUGCCCAUCAUCCCUAUGAUCUGGUUCGCCCCCUAUAUCGCCUCCUACGUAGCCUAA